AUUAUAUACCUUCCGAGUACCGGAGCUAAGUCAAGGCCAACAUAUUAAAUCUGAACUGAUACUUAAGAAGUACUACAGGAUUCAGAGGGACCCAGAGAUCAAAGCAGUCCAUACAUUUUUGCUGGGUAGUGUUGACCAUAACUCGGAUCCUCCACAGACAGAGAAAAAGUAGUAAACACAGAUCCAGAUAGAAGAGAGUGGGUGUUUAAUAAUGUUGUUUCGCAUUUUUGUUUUUGUUCAUUUCAGUUAGCGUCAUUGAGAGAGUAUUACUAGAUAGAAUCAGUACAGAAAAAAGACAGUUAGAUGUAAUUGAUUUCUUGACCAUAACCUGGAUCAUCCACAGAGAGAGAAGCAGUCAUAACAUAGAUCUAGAAAGGAUAGAGUGGGUGUUUAAUAAUGUUUUGUAUUUUCAGAUUUUGUUCUUUUUCAGUUAACAUGAGGGAGAGAGAACUUCGGGAUAGUAUCAUUUCAGAAAAUAGAGUUAGAUUCAAUUGAUUGAGUUUGGUUUCUUUUUGUGUGCUUUCAGGAUGGAGACCAAGAAAAGAAAGAGCAGAUGGGACAAAGAACCCUCACAGAAGUCCCCAUCCCCGCCGAAGAAAGGGAAAUUUGAGAGAUAUGCCAGUACUAGCGAUGAAGAGGAUAUUUUCAUUUUCGGCAAGCCACAAAUCAUUCAUAAUGUCCCAUUAGAUGUUGUGGAAAAGAGCCCUCAGGCACCAACACCCGCCAUGGCAAAAGCUAGGAAGGUGGCCGAUGAUAUCAUGAGGAAGAGAAGGCAGGAACAGCUAGGGCUGUUGAAAAAAUCCCCACCCCCUCCUCAGCGACUAAUGAUGGACUCUAGCCCCAAACCCAGCUCAAGCGCGAGGCCCCUCUCUAAGACUCCAGUGAAGAAAUGUAGCCCAAAACCUGCCAGCCCUAUGAAGGGGCCCCUCCCUAAGACACCCGUGAAGAAAUCCAGUCCAAAACCUCCCAGCCCUAUGAAGAAGUCCCCUCCUAAAGUUUCCAAACUCAAGCCGAGCUCCACAGUUACUAAAGGAAAGGCCACCCCUAAAACUUCAAAACAAAAGCUUAGCCCUAAAACUCGCAAGAAUGCCACCCCCGGAAGAAAACCCAUGAAUCUUGACCACGCUUCAACAAAGAAAUCUGCGACUCCCAAACCCAGAUCUACAACCCCCAAGAAAACCACUCCCAAGUCCAGUCCCAAAGGUACCAAAUUAAAGAAAACCCCUGAACCCAGAGCCGUGAUGGAAACGUCCAGUGAACCCUUUAUCUUUGGACGGACGAGUCCCAAAUCUCUGAAGAGCAUGUUUACCAUCAAAGCCAAAUCCAAAACCACAGAAUCUGUCAUGACACCUCCCCGUAAGGUAAUUUUGGAAGCUGCGGGAAACCCCUCCCCAAUGAGGACCUUUCUUCUUGCAGCCUCCCUGCCAAAAGCGACGAUGCAGAAGAAAACCUCCCCGCUUAAGUCUAAAGGCAAGGGAAGCAAGAAAACAAAAACGUAUAAAGGGAAUAAAUGGGUAGAAGUCGCGAUAGGGCCGGAUUGUGGGUCACCUUCCUUCAAGCCGAAGACAAAAAGGGCCAGGAAGAGCAAGAAGAACAAAAGGGGGAAGAGACUGGCUUCCCCCCGACCAGUACAAUCCCCAGAAGAACUGUCACCGGAGUCUGACAGCACAAUCAUUAUGAAGGGCACCCCGAAACGACCCAUAAAGAUGGAAUUGGUCUUCAGAUAUUAUUCUCGCACAGGAGAGGUCAUCGAGGACUGCCAUUGGGUGACACGGUAUGGACAGUAAAACCCUUAGCAAAGAACUUUACACAGUGUUUUAUGGUGAUUCAUAUUACAAC